GUGUGUUUGUACGUAUGAUUUCGAUGUUUUGUUGUAGCAGUAACAGUGGCAGAAGUUGAGUAUCUAGCUGUGUAGACAAGUCAGACAGAAAGCAAAAAAAGGAAAAAAAAGCAGCCAUAUAGAAUCAUCGCCGUCGGUGAGGAGAAAACGGCGGGAGUGUAGAGUGAAUUAUAGGUACAAGGAACGGACGAACAAUAGAAAACGAAAUACGAGAUUGUCAAGUUUUUGAAAAGCAAACGCGAAUAAAGCAAGACAUAUACAAAUCGAUUAAAUCAAAUAGGCAAAAAAAAAAAAUAAACGCAGGCAAUGAAAAAAUAUAUUUCAAACCAGGAAGAAAAUUAUAAUACAGUAAAUUUAGCAGUAAAGUGCCAAGUGUGUGUUGUGCACAAGAUUGCAUUGGUAGGCAAAUAAGGAUAAAAUUGGAGAUACUGUGUCAAAACAAUUGUUAGUGAGAUAACAAAGGCACAGCAAAAGUAGUUGCCCAUAACAACAUUGUCACAAGUGCAAUUAAAUUCAAUUAAGCAAUUUAAAGUUGUAUUAAUUCAUAUUCGUAUGUACAAAUGCAUAUACAUAUAAUGAUUUAGUUUGUUGUACAUAUUUUUGUUGUUGUAUCUCAGGCUAAAAUGAAAGCUCAAAAGGUUAAACGUCGUAGCAGGCCAAAUUGUAUGGUUUUAGCCGCCAACGAAUGGCUUAACAAUAGCAAUGAUGAGCAUAAGUCAACAACAGCAAUCGCACCAACUACAACAACGGCAACAGCAACAAGUGCAACAUCUAACACACCAUCUGCUGCAGCAGGUAAUCACGCGAUAGCCGGCCAAACGCAAAUUACAACAACGAUCGACAGCACAAAGAAUAACGCUAUUGCAGCGAUUUCCAAUACAACAGCACCAACAACAACGGGCACUGCCAACGCAAAUAACGAAAUUAUGUCCGAAAAUAUAAAUAGUGAGACUAAUGUGUCACAACAGCAAGUACUACAACAACAGCCGCAGCAGCAGCAGCAGCAAACACAGAAGCAACAAGAACAAAUUACGGAACAACAGCUAAAAAGCAAUUUAACCGAAAUCUUGCCUGUAGCACCUGCUGAUGUGAAUGAUGUGAAGAAUGUAAAGGCCACACAAGAAAUUGUUAACAAUAAUAGCGAAGUGUUGAACUGUGAUACUUCAGCUGCUAAUGCGUUUAUAGUAAAUAUCAAUAGCAAUAGUACUACAACAAACAUUAACACUAAUAGCGCAGACAUCGCCAAUACAAAUAAUGCCAAUCAAAGUAUCAACAAUACCAAUACCAAUGUAUACUCCAAUCCAAGUUCAAAUGCGAGCACCCUACAAUCGCCCAUUGUACGUCAAGCGAAAGCGAACACCGUCACAGCUGGUACAGCGCUGCCACUCAGCAGUCCAAUAACGCCUCAAGCCCUCAGCAGCGCCUUGCAAUCGGUUAUGAAUGGUCAGACAGCUAAAGAGCUGAGCUCAGCGUUCGUUAGUGGUUUGGUGGACGUACAAACAAAUAUUGCAAAUAAUAUCGGUAGUAACGCAUUGCAGAAUGUGUGUAGUAGCAGUAAUGUCAAUAUCAAUCUGGAUACAACGGCCGAUAAUAAUGGUCAAGCGAAAAUUGUACUACUCUGCGAGGCCAACUCACAUCCGUUCCAAACGCGCACCAUUAUCUUAACGCCGAACAUCGAAUGCAAAGUGGGGCGUCUGAUAGCUAAGAGUAAAGCAUCCGAAUCAAACGCUAUAUUCGAUUGUAAGGUACUAUCACGCAAUCAUGCUGUGCUUUGGUACACAGAUGAGGGUAAAUUUUGGGUUAAAGACACAAAAUCAUCGAAUGGUACAUUUAUCAAUGAAAGCAAACUCGGUAAUGAGGCGGCCGAAUUACAUUUCGGUGAUAUUGUCAAAUUUGGUGUUGAUGUGGUGGAAAAUUCGCGCAAAGAGGUACAUGGUUGUAUUAUUGCUUUUGUAAAGCUAUACUUACCUGAUGGACGCGAAGCGAUAUCAAUCGAUACAUCAUCUCAAUGGUCACAGUACUCUGGUGAAGGUCGCAUCAGUUACGAAGAGAUGCAUCGUUUGAAUCUUUACAUGCAAGAGGUGUCCCAGCGGGAGAAAGUGCUCAAAUCGAAACUAUUCAAUAUACAAAAUGUUUUGGAUGCGACGCGUAAGAAUUCGGCCUUAUGUUGGCAGUCACUUAUUGCUGAGGAUCAAUUGCUGCAUCGCAUCAAUACGCUGGAGAAGAAAUUGCAGAUUAUGGAAAAGAAUGUGCCAGAGAGCGUACUGCGAAAUGAGGUACUCAAACUGAUCGAGGAUAAAAACUCGUAUCAACUCACAGCCAAAGAAGCCUUACGUAAAGUCUACGAAGAGCGUUGCGAUGCACUGCAAAUGCUCUCGAAAAUGGAAUUGGCCUAUGCCAACUCCGAUGGUGAAUGUAAAAUUUUACGCGAUCAAAUCAUGAAUACCAAACAAUCACUACAGGAUGUCAAUACGCGUUUGCAACGUCUCGAAACCGAUUAUAAUGAAUAUAAAGAGGAAGCGGAACGUAAGCAGCAAGAGAUAAAAGAGCAAGAGGAACAGCGUUUGGCAGAGAUGUCGGAAAAAUUGCAGCAACGUGAAUUGGAAUGUGAUGAUUUGCGACGUCGUGUAUCCGAAUUCAUGCUACAACAUGCUGAAGUAGUCGAUGAGGAGGAGAAACAGUUGCAAUUGCAGGCCAUUGAGAAGCUAGACGCUGUUAUAGGCGAUAUGGAUUUGGGUGAGGAUGACGAUGAAGAUGAUGACGAUGAUGAUGUGGCGGACGAAAACGAUAUUAAAGCAGCGAAAGGCGAUGAAGGUGAUGGUGAACAUAAGGAAGAUGGUAAUGAAAAGGAUGGUGGCAAAAAAGCAAUACGUUCGACAAAAUUGAAUGGUGUGGGCGUGAAAGGCGCGAAAAGCGUUGGCAGCAACAAUGAAAGCGAGGUUUUAAAUACCUCCGCUAAAUCCGACGUUGCUACAAACAGAAGCAAAGCUCAAGGUACUGCUAAGGAGUCGACAAUCUUGAAAUGGUUACAGAACUCCGAUUUGAAUCAAAAAGAAGGUUCCAUUGAUAUUUUCAAGGCCAUUUGUAAUGAGUCGGAUUCCAGCGACGAACAAGAUCUCCCAAUCAUUGAGAAUGAUGCCAUCAUCGAUAGCGGUAUUGAUACGAAUACAGCCUCUGCUGAGGAUAUCAAAUUGAAAUACAAGAAAUCGAAAAAUAAAUUACAAAACGUACAGACCAUAUUAUGUCAAUUGGUGGAGGCAGAAAUGUCGUCGAAAGAGUGCUACAAAUCACCUGGUGCUGAUACAACUAAUGAGCAUAACAAUGAAGUUGUUGUAGAAAAUGAGGCUUUAACAGAGAUACGAAGUGAAGGCGGUUGCGAACCCAUGAAUGGAGAACAGAAAUUAUUGCUGCUAAAGCGCAGUGUAGCCAUGUUGAGCGAAGCGUACAAAGAUAUAUGCGACAGUGGUAGUGAGCUGGAGUUACAAAAAGCAAUACAGGAUAAUAUAAAGGGGAUAUCACCACCACCUGCGAAAACAACAUCAUUAUUGAAUACCAGCAGUGCAGUGGGCAAUAAGCUAAUCACCCAGGAAACAUUAAAGCCGCUUGCGGAAACUGUUGACGCAGCUGAGGCAGAUGAAUACGAUCUAAUUGCCGAACAGGAAACUACAGAUAACGAUGAGUUGCAAAGUGAAGAGUGUACAACAGUGACAACACCGUCCACAAUCGUUUCACCACACGCUAUGACAAACAAAGAAAUGAGUUUAAGGGAUGAAGUGCGUGCAUAUCAGGAGCAAAUAAAAGAGUUGAACUCAAAACUAGAGCAAGUAGAGAGUGAUGCGCAAAAUACUUUGGAGAUAAUGCAAAUUGAAUGUGACACAUUCAAAGAGAAGGUGGCGCAACUAAACAAAGUAGUACAAAAAGCGGUCGAGGAAAAACAGGAACUCGAACGUAUGCUCGACGAACGUGCCGAAGCGAUGGAAAAGCAGCAGCAGCGGGCGGUAGAACAAAUUCUUGCGACAAACGCGACGUCAGCAGAAACAAAAGAGCCAUUGCAGUUAACAGUCGCGCACGCAGCGAACAUUGAACACGAAAAGCCAAUAGAAAGCAGUCUCGAUGAAUUACGCACGCGGAAAACGGAUACUAAGCUUAUUGCGGACAGCACGCUAGAUACCGAUUUCGAAGCGCAGCUCAAUGAUGAUUUGGCGGCCAUAAAUAGUAAUGCCUUGCAGCGGGAAGAGGAGCUGAUAGUGUAUAAAGAACGCUUGGAGCGGACGCAAAAUGACAAUCUGCAGUUACGCAACGAAGUAGCAGCGCUGCUACUGAAAACGGGCACACAAGCGCAAACGCAUAUGGUUAAACAAAUGCUGGCCUAUGGCGCUGUUGUAGUGGCGAUUAUUAUCUACUUUAUUACAACGUAUUUCUAAGUGCAGACAUCAGUCUUUUCUUUUUGUCACACAUGCGACUUGCUAGCCUGAAAAAA